GAUUAAUUUUUAAAAUAUUUAUUUUAAUUUUAUACUCCGUAUAAACUAGUACUCCUAGGGGAAGUUCACGCCAGCAGCACAUUGUUUGAUCGCCUUCCGGCUAUUUUUGCGAUUAAUUACUGCAAUACAUUACUGCAAAUUCAGUCGCCGGCGGCAUAAAUGAGGACAAAACCAACGGCGGUGUUCAUGGCCUUCGGAACCAAAGGCGAUGUCAAUCCAAUUGCUGCCAUAGCAGCAGCUUUUGCCUGUGAUCAGCAACAAUAUCAUGUGCAUUUUGUAACUCAUUCAGCACAUGAGAACCUGAGAAUUCAUUUGGAAACAAAAGGAGUUAUGUACAUUCCAGUUUCAGUGCCACCUGUUCUUGCUCCUACACAACAUCAUGGUAUCGUAUCAUACAUUCAUACCCUAUCCUGAUAUAUACUUCAGGGCUGUUUCUAAAGAGUUUUUUUUCCUUUUAUGUUUAUCUUUUUGGGUGUGGCUAAAGUGAAAUGAAUAAAUCUGUUGUUUUUUUUGUAAGAGAAAACCCAUUGGUAACAAACAUUUCAACCAUAUUCGUCAAAAACUACUUAUUUUGUGUAAGCAGAAUAGUCCAGGAGUUGAUACCAACCGGACCUUUAGUCUGCCUUGGACUCAUGCUGCUGUUUCAAGUUGAAAAUUUUCACUUUAAUCGGGGCUUUAUCGAGAAAUGACUUUUCUUAGCAGGUGCCAUGGAGGAGCCCUUCUCUAUCCAAAAAAAGGAACUUACCAGGAAGCAUAGACAAGAGUGUGUGUCAAUUAUUGAGGGUAUAUUCGGAGACGAACCUAGCAUGCACCGUGAUUUCAUUGCCAUCAAUUUUUUUGCACUGGUAUGCGCCCGGCCUGGCUCGCACUAAAUGACCUAAAGUCCAUUUCCAUACCUGCCCACCAUGACCCAAGUUUGUUCAUGUCUACAAAGAAUCUUUUUUAGUAUACUUAAAUUUUAUUACACAUCAUAUUCUCUCCGAAAUGUGAUGAAGUCAUUAGGAGGUGUUUGGUUCACGGAAUGGACAAUGUUGGAAUAGCCAAAAACAUUACAAAAGUUACAUUACAUCAUCUAAAAGUAACUUAACUUUGUUCUACCAUAUGGAUGACCCAGUAGUUUUACUAGUUUGAAAAUCUAAACGAAGGUUUAGGUAAUCUUACAUUACCUUUUUCACUCUACAUGAACAAAAAGGCCCACUGGGCUAUAUAUCGUCUUAGCCUCGCCUUUAAUACUAGUGGACAUACCAACGUUGAUCUUCUGAAUAACAAUUGCAAUCAUAU